UUAAAAGCAUGUGUCAUAUUGACUUCGCACUCAAAAAUCACUUUUUUGCCGUUGCUAUAGGAGAUACCGACUGAAGGACACCAGGCGUAAAGCACAUUAACCGAAAUCCGUAAGACGCGACUGGAGAAAUAUUUUCUGAAGUUUAAGUUUCCCUGGCAGGCAACUCUGCCCUGCAUUUAGAUUUGGUGACAUCCGAUCUGACGGCGACGGGCCGUGCGCGCACUCACCUAUAUCCCUGUUGUUCCUCGGUAAAGUAAGCUGUGAUGACCCUGUCUGGAGGCAACAGUUCCAACGACAUGUCCGGUCAGACGGUGCUCACAACCGAGGAUGUGGAUAUCGACGUGGUCGGCGAGGGCGAUGAGAGUAUGGAGAGGGACAGCGACUGCGAAAGCCAAGGUAUGCAAGACCGCCCGGAGGAGGUGGAAGAGAUCGAAGUGAAGGAGGGAUCGGGGAGCCCCUGUGAGAGCACCGGGGAGGGAGAAACCAAAGCGGACGGACAGGAGAGCGCGUCGGGUGCCACGCAGAGCAAGCCAAAAAACAGCCUGGUAAAGCCACCGUACUCGUACAUCGCGCUCAUCACCAUGGCCAUUCUCCAGAGCCCGCAGAAGAAACUCACUCUCAGCGGGAUCUGCGAGUUCAUCAGUAACCGCUUCCCAUACUACCGGGAGAAGUUUCCAGCCUGGCAAAACUCCAUCCGCCACAACCUUUCGCUGAACGACUGCUUCGUCAAAAUCCCCCGGGAGCCGGGCAACCCUGGCAAAGGCAACUACUGGACACUGGACCCCCAGUCGGAAGAUAUGUUUGACAACGGUAGCUUUCUCCGGCGGAGGAAACGCUUCAAGAGGCACCAACCUGACAUUCUACGCGAGCAGACAGCUCUCAUGAUGCAAAGUUUCGGGGCAUAUAGCAUUGGGAAUCCUUACGGACGUCACUAUGGAAUUCACCCUGCCUAUACACAUCCAGCGGCUUUGCAGUACCCUUACAUGCCCCCGGUGGGUCCCAUGCUGCCCCCGACCGUUCCUCUGUUACCCUCCGCAGAGCUCAACAGAAAAGCUUUCAACUCACAACUCAGCCCCAGCCUGCAGCUUCAGCUCAACAGCCUGAGCACCGCGUCGAUGAUCAAAUCCGAACCCUCAAGUAGACCCUCUUUUAGUAUAGAGAAUAUCAUCGGGGUCUCAAGCACUUCGUCCAGCGCCCAGACUUUUCUGCGGCCUCCGGUGACCGUUCAGUCCGCCUUGUUGAGCGCGCAGUCCCUGUCCCUUACCCGGACAUCAGCUGCUAUUGCGCCAAUUCUGAGCGUUCCCUCUAAUAUCAUAUCGGGACAGUUUUUACCCACAGUAACGGCAGCAGUCUCCAAAUGGCCUUCUCAGUAAAAGUAAAAACUCUUAUUUUUCUAUAGCUUUGGGGGGGAACACUGUACAGAAUUAUAGGCAGCACUGGAGAUUGUCCGCCAAUCUGUAGCCAUGUAUAGACUCUAAAUGAGAGAAACGAAACGGAAAGCUUUCUGUACAGGUAAUAUUUGUACAUAUUUGUAAAAAGAAAAUAUUAUACUGUUUGAAUUUGAUUUGUUUAAUUUUCUUGUUUGAACUGAACAACAGUUAUACAUAGACGAGCUUUGGUAUUAUUUUACAUUUUCUUUAUUGUAACUGGAAGCUCACUGUUAGUGGUUUGUAAUCAACGCGGAUAUUCUUUCCUACAACAUGCUCUGAACAAAAAGUCUGUUUAUAAAUUCAAAUAUGUAUUCUAUGUAGAUCUAUUGUGUUGUAAACUGGAUUCAUUUGUAAAUAAAUCUAAGACAGAAA